AUGCCUGCAGAAGAAGCACCGCAGCACUCGCAGCAAGCCGCCGACAAUGCCGCCGGCUGGGGCAGCAGCGAGCUGGCGCCACCCGACCCUGCCGCCGCCCCCGCUGCUCGCCCAGGAGCGCCGCUGUCGGAGGCGCUUCGGAAGCAGCUGGCACAGCUGGCGGUGGAUGGCUCGGCUUGGAUGGACGACCACCGCUUGGCGGUCCGCCUGGCUGCCAUUGCCGCCGUGGCAGGCAGCGUGGCCUUCCUGCUGCACACAGGCCACGUGGCGGGGUGGCGGCAGUAUGCGUCUCUGGCAGAGCUGCCACCGCGCCUGCUGGCCCCGCAGGCGGCACGCCUCCCCGUGGUGAUGCACAGCGCGGCGCAGCACGGCGAGGUGCUGGCGGUGCGCGUUGCGCACUACCCGCUGCUGCGCCGCUUGGUGGACGGCUACCGCAGGGUACCGUCGUCUGCGGCGGCGCACCGAGCGGCAGACCGCAGCCGGCUGCUCACCUGCUACCUCGCGGGCCCGGUGCAGCCCACGGCCGCAGGGCUGAAGUACCUAAAGCAGCUGGAGCUUGUGGGCGUGCACCGCAUGCGCCUGCUGAGCGUGGUGGACGCCGCCGACCAGGCUUGGACGGCCCCGGCGGCACAGGAUGCUGCUGGCAGCCAAGCCAGGCUGCAGCUGGGGCCCGGCGUCGCCUGGGGCGGCUGGGAGCAGCUGGCUGCUCAGGGCGCCGCCUCGGCACCGGCAGAUGAAGCUCCGACCACGCCCGCGCCUGCAGCCCAGCAGCCGCCUGUGGCAGCGCAGCACGAUGAGCUGGCCCCAGUGGCAGCGCCCAGCCAGCGGCAGCAGCAGGAGCGGGGGGCUGCUGGUGCGGCUGCGGCGGCUGCGGCGGCGGUGCACUCUGGGCCCAUGCUGUGGGGUGAGCUGUAUGCCCGAGAGCCGCGCCGAGGGCUGGCGGCGCUGCUGCCGCGGCAGCGGGGCGAUGUCGGCGAGCGCCUGAUCAGCCGGGGCGAGGCAGCCAUGAAGGAGCCAAUAGACCUGGAGUGGCUGGGAUGCAGCUGGCACCGCAUUGACCGGCUGUAUGCCGCAGAGCAGGCCGCCAUCCGGGCAGGGCUGGGCAUCUGGGCGGUGAGGCGGCCCGGCCUGGGGGAGUGGAGCCGCAGCGUGGCCCGCAGCGCUUGGAUGCGGGUGCGGCACACCGCACGCACCACGGCAGCCGCGGCAGCUGGCAGCGUGAGCGGCGCGGCCGCGGCCGCCGGCACUGCAGUGGCGGGAGCGCUGACAGCCAAGCCCUCUGCAGGCAGUGCGGCGGGCAGGGCAGCGGCGCAAGCUGAAGGGGUGUGGAGCCGGGCUGCGGCUGCGGUGGGCAGGCGCCGAAUGUUCGCCUGCGGCACGCGGCUGGACACGGGCGGGCCCCGCUGCGCCAUGUGCCCCCAAGUCUGCAUCAUGGACUGCAUGCCAGGCUACAAGUGCGGCAAGGAUGCCAAUGGCUGCUUCAACUGCCUGCCGGACGCCUCAAGCAACGGCAGCAUCCGCCCAAACUCGACUAGCACCAAUAGCACCAAUAGCACCAAUAGCACCAGCAGCGGCGGGGCUGUGGUGAUCGGCAGCGACGCCAAGUGCACCCUUGGUUCUGACUUCAAGCCUGUCUGUACUGCCGUCCCCAAGUGCACGCCCGGCUGUGGCACCGGCUAUGUGUGCCAGGCGGCGGGCAGCAAGUGGAAGUGUGUGAAGAAGCCGCCAGCCGUUCGUCGCACAGCCCGCAAGCAGGCGGUGCGCCACCUACUGGCGGCCUGA